AAAAAUGAAUAAUUUUAAAAAUAAAAUUAAUCCUCCCGUGUCCAUUCCUUAUUUUUCGGCCCUUCCCUUUCGACGUAUCGCAGGUAGCAAUAACAACAGCCCUGCAAUCUCUGUUUGUCCAACGCCUAAAAGAAGUCCUUCUCCUCUACGGCCAUUUGUUGGUGUUCCUGCUAAUGAAGUUUAUACGUAA